GGGCAAACCCUAAUCGAAAAUGGAGGAGGACGACAGGCUGGCGUUGGCGGGGAUAUCCGACUCGCCGCCGCGCCGGAAGGCGCAAUCGAUUAGCCAGCAGCUUAGGACGAGCACCGGCACGAACCACAAGCGCCACCACCAGCUCCGGAACCGGAGCCUCAACGAGAACCGGAUUUCGAACCACCAUCCCGCCGGCGGCGAGAGCGGCGCCGGGAUAUAUCCUCGUUCCGCGACGUCAGGUCCCGUGGGGUUCGUCAGUGAUCGCCUCGUCGAUUACCGUCAGUAUAGCCAGGGAAUGGGUGCAGCGGAGGACGGCGGCGGCGAUGGCUCUCAGAAUUGUCCGCUGACGGAGUUUACGGCGAGCGGCGGUGGAGCAGGAAUAUUUAAGGUGCCGAAGAGAGCGCCGGUGAACCCUAGCCGCCCGCCGUGCGUCGAACUCCGGCCACACCCUCUGAGGGAAACUCAGGUCGGAAGAUUUCUACGGACAAUCGCCAGCACAGAAACACAGCUAUGGGCAGGGCUGGAAUCAGGAGUGAGAGUAUGGAGCUAUUCGGAUACAUACAAGCCGGGGCUUGGGGUUGGAGGGAGGUUGCCGAGAGGCGACGAGGAUGCAGCUCCAUUUUGCGAAUCAACAAGCACAUCCCCAGCAAUGUGUAUGGUUGUCGAUCAAGGGGCUAAAUUGGUGUGGAGUGGGCAUAAAGACGGUAGAAUCCGAUGUUGGAAGAUGGAUCUUGAGCUCUCCGAUGACAAUACUUUCGAGGAAUGUCUUUCCUGGCAGGCGCAUCGAAAUCCUGUUCUUGCCCUGGAGAUUUCUUCUUAUGGCGAUAUCUGGUCGGGGACUGAGAAUGGAUACAUAAAAGUCUGGCCAUGGGAAGCUGUGGAAAAAUCAAUGUCUAUGUCGCCGGAGGAAAAACAUAUGGCUUCUCUGUUGGUCGAGAAAUCGAUUAUUGAUCUCAAAAGCCAAGCUGCGAAUAGUGGUCCUUGUAGUAUUCCUUCUUCCGAUGUUAAGUGUUUGCUAUCCGAUAACGUCCGAGGCAGAAUCUGGGGUGUUUGUUCUAUGGCCUUCUCGCUAUGGGAUGCUCGUACACGAGAGCUUCUAAAAGUAUUCAACAUAGAGGGCCAGGUGGAGAAUCGAGUCGAGACGCCAACAGCUCAAGAUCAAGGGUGCGAAGAUGAGACAAAUGUUAAGGUCGUUUCGAAGCCUAAGAAGGAGAAAUCGCAAAGCUUUUUGCAGCGGUCUCGGAACGCUUUAAUAGGCGCUGCAGACGCAGUUCGCAGAGCAACAAAGGGGAGUUUUACCGAAGAGAAGAAAACAGAAGCUAUAGUGCUUGCAUCCAACGGCUCUAUCUGGACCGGAUCUUCGAAUGGCUUAUUGAUCCAAUGGGAUGGGAAUGGCAACCGUUUGCAAGACUUCACUCAUCAUCCUUGUGGUAUUCUAUGCUUUUGCUCGUACGGGUCGAGAAUAUGGGUUGGCUACGUGAGCGGUAUGGUGCAGUUGCUCGACCUUGAAGGAAAGCUUCUUGCAAGCUGGGUGGCGCAUAAUGGAUCGGUUAUAAAGUUAGUCGUAGGCAAUGGUUCGAUUUAUAGUUUGGCAACUCAUGGUGGUAUACGGGGAUGGAACAUUUCGUCGCCAGAACAAGUGGAUAGCAUAGUUCGAUCUGAAUUAGCUGACAAAGAAAUGACGUAUACGAGGUUGGAGAAUAUAAGAAUCUUAGUCGGGACAUGGAAUGUUGGCCAAGAAAAGGCUUCUCGUGAUUCCAUCAAGUCGUGGCUCGGUUCUGCAGUAUCGGAUGUUGGCAUCGUAGUUGUUGGACUGCAAGAAGUCGAAAUGGGAGCUGGUUUUCUAGCGAUGUCUGCCGCGAAAGAAAGCGUAGGGAUCGAAGGAAGUGCUACCGGCCAGUGGUGGCAAGAUCGCAUAGGUGAAGUUUUGGACGAAGAAUCUAUAUUCGAACGUGUGGGUUCUCGGCAAUUGGCUGGUCUAAUGAUAGCAAUAUGGGUGAGAAAGACUCUCCGGACUCAUGUUGGGGAUCUCGACGUCGCAGCAGUUGCUUGUGGAUUCGGCCGCGCAAUUGGGAACAAGGGAGGGGUUGGUUUGAGAUUGAGGGUAUUCGAUCGAAUCAUAUGUUUCGUGAACUGUCAUCUAGCUGCUCAUUUGGAAGCAGUGAAUCGUCGAAACGCUGAUUUCGAUCAUAUAUAUCGGACGAUGAAUUUCAUCCGAGCAUCUAGCAAUCUCGGCAACGCUGCUGGUAUGCUGCGCAACCUGUACUUGUCUUGCACUAUUGUCUUCUCCACGUAUUUAUUUUGGCUGCUUUAUUCUUGUGGCUGGCCAUGGAUCCUCUGUAUUGCAGCCAGCGUUUCAUCUGCUGCUCAGAUGCUUCGCUCCCCAAAUGUCACAGAAGAAACUCCUGAUGAGGACAGGCCAGAUCUUGCUGAAGCAGAUAUGGUCAUUUUCUUCGGCGAUUUUAAUUAUCGCUUAUUCGGUAUCUCAUACGACGAAGCUAGAGACUUCGUUUCUCAAAGGAGCUUCGAUUGGCUCCGCGAGAAAGAUCAGCUGAGAGCUGAGAUGAAGGCUGGUAAAGCUUUUCAAGGAAUGCGCGAGGCGAUCAUCAAAUUCCCGCCUACUUAUAAAUUCGAACGCGGAAAGCCUGGAUUAGGAGGGUAUGAUUCGGGUGAGAAGAAGCGAAUCCCGGCAUGGUGUGAUAGAGUAUUGUAUCGGGACAACCGAUCAUUCCCUCUCGAACAAUGUAGCCUCGUCUGCCCUAUUGUGGCUUCUAUAUUCGAGUACGGGGCGUGCAUGGACGUGACUGAAAGCGAUCAUAAGCCGGUGCGCUGCAAGUUCCAUUUGGAAAUUGCUCAUGUCGAUCGAUCAAUAAGGAGGGAAGAGUUCGGGACUAUACUUCAGUCGAACGAUAAUAUACGGUCCAGCCGAGAAGCACUUCGAUUUGUUCCCGAAACGAGCAUCAGUGCCGAAAGAAUCACUCUACAGAACCACGAAUCAUCCGGUUUGAAAAUCACUAACAGAAGCGGGAAAGACAUCGUUUUCUUUGAAAUUAGAUGUCUCGGCCAAUCGAUCGCGGCAGAGGACGAAGUAGCUUCCGAUGUCCUCCCCAGAGGCGCACUCGGUUUGCCUCGAUGGCUCGAGGUCUUUCCUGCUGCCGGCAUGAUAAAUCCCGAUCAAGCUAUAGAGAUCUCGAUACGGCACGAAGACUUCCAUGCGCAGGAAGAGCUCGGCGGUGACGGGUUUCCUCAAAGCUGGUGGUGCGAGGACACUCAGGAUAAAGAAGUGGUUCUGUUAGUGUCCGUACGAGGAAGUUGCUCGACGGAGGCGAGGACUCAUCGAACAAUUGUGCAGCACCAUUUCUCGGGCGAUAUUUGCGUGAAUUCGAAAGGCAACUUCUUGGGGGAUCUUUCCGCGAACCCGAAGGGCAAUGGUAGCACAAAGCGCAGCGGAAGUUCCAACCGGAGAUCUCACUAACACGUAUUGAACAUUCGUCGAUAAUUAUUUCAUGCAGCAAAAUAUACAUAUAUAAGAGGUAUAUUAUUUUCAUUCCUUCUUAUCCUCUAGAGAUGAGAUGAGAUGAUCGUUGAUCAUGUAUUGAUUUAAUUUUAACUAAGCAAUUAGUUUUUAGUUUAAUUGUUGAUAAGAUAAUGUAGUUUUAGAUUUCGACCUUUCGAUUCGA